CUAGCCAGACAGGUGAUUCACAUAAUAACGCACCAACACUCUUAUGUGUGCUCAUCCCGCAAAGAAGACAAAAGGCGACAGUUGCCUUGAAGUUAGGCAAUUUAGGGUGAGCACUUGGACAAUCAGGGAAGACACAAUGCCGAGAGCGUACAACACCAUGGACGUGGAAGGUCAGCGCAGCAUAUCCUGCAUUGACAAGGUUUGGCAUCACGGAGGAUUGUUACAAAAAAUUAUUCUUGUGUCAGCAGUAACAUUAGGUGCUACAACAGUCGGUCUUGCUAUUUCGACUGGUAUCCUAGAUGCAAGAGUUGGUGAACUGGAAGAUCAAAUUGCGAAAACUACCCUUUCACCGAUUACGCCAGAAAUAACGACCCUCUCACCGAAUACGCCCGAAGCAACAACCCUUUCACCGAAUACGCCAGAAAUAACGACCCUCUCACCAAAUACGCCCGAAGCAACAACCCUUUCACCGAACACGCCUGAAGCAACAACCCUUUCACCGAACACGCCCGAAGCAACAACCCUUUCACCGAACACGCCUGAAGCAACAACCCUUUCACCGAACACGCCCGAAGCAACAACCCUUUCACCGAAUACGCCAGAAGCAACAACCCUCUCUCCGAACACUCCUGGAGCAACAACCCUUUCACCUAAUACGCCUGAAGCAACAACCCUUUCACCGAACACGCCUGAAGCAACAACCCUUUCACCGAACACGCCCGAAGCAACAACCCUUUCACCGAAUACGCCCGAAGCAACAACCCUUUCACCGAAUACGCCAGAAAUAACGACCCUCUCACCAAAUACGCCCGAAGCAACAACCCUUUCACCGAAUACGCCCGAAGCAACAACCCUUUCACCGAAUACGCCAGAAAUAACGACCCUCUCACCAAAUACGCCCGAAGCAACAACCCUUUCACCGAAUACGCCAGAAAUAACGACCCUCUCACCAAAUACGCCCGAAGCAACAACCCUUUCACCGAAUACGCCCGAAGCAACAACCCUUUCACCGAAUACGCCAGAAAUAACGACCCUCUCACCAAUUACGCCCGAAGCAACAACCCUUUCACCGAAUACGCCAGAAAUAACGACCCUCUCACCAAAUACGCCCGAAGCAACAACCCUUUCACCGAACACGCCCGAAGCAACAACCCUUUCACCGAAUACGCCAGAAGCAACAACCCUCUCUCCGAACACUCCUGGAGCAACAACCCUUUCACCUAAUACGCCUGAAGCAACAACCCUUUCACCGAACACGCCUGAAGCAACAACCCUUUCACCGAACACGCCCGAAGCAACAACCCUUUCACCGAAUACGCCCGAAGCAACAACCCUUUCACCGAAUACGCCAGAAAUAACGACCCUCUCACCAAAUACGCCCGAAGCAACAACCCUUUCACCGAAUACGCCCGAAGCAACAACCCUUUCACCGAAUACGCCAGAAAUAACGACCCUCUCACCAAAUACGCCCGAAGCAACAACCCUUUCACCGAAUACGCCAGAAAUAACGACCCUCUCACCAAAUACGCCCGAAGCAACAACCCUUUCACCGAAUACGCCCGAAGCAACAACCCUUUCACCGAAUACGCCAGAAAUAACGACCCUCUCACCAAAUACGCCCGAAGCAACAACCCUUUCACCGAAUACGCCAGAAAUAACGACCCUCUCACCAAAUACGCCCGAAGCAACAACCCUUUCACCGAAUACGCCAGAAAUAACGACCCUCUCACCAAAUACGCCCGAAGCAACAACCCUUUCACCGAACACGCCUGAAGCAACAACCCUUUCACCGAACACGCCCGAAGCAACAACCCUUUCACCGAAUACGCCAGAAGCAACAACCCUCUCUCCGAACACUCCUGGAGCAACAACCCUUUCACCUAAUACGCCUGAAGCAACAACCCUUUCACCGAACACGCCUGAAGCAACAACCCUUUCACCGAACACGCCCGAAGCAACAACCCUUUCACCGAAUACGCCUGAAGCAACAACCCUUUCACCGAACACGCCCGAAGCAACAACCCUUUCACCUAAUACGCCUGAAGCAACAACCCUUUCACCGAACACGCCUGAAGCAACAACCCUCUCACCGAACACGCCUGAAGCAACAACCCUUUCACCGAACACGCCCGAAGCAACAACCCUUUCACCGAAUACGCCUGAAGCAACAACCCUUUCACCGAAUACGCCCGGAGCAACAACCCUCUCUCCGAACACUCCCGGAGCAACAACCCUUUCACCAAAUACGCCUGAAGCAACAACUCUUUCACCGAACACGCCUGAAGCAACAACCCUCUCUCCGAAUACGCCCGGAGCAACAACCCUCUCUCCGAACACUCCUGAAGCAACAACCCUCUCACCGAAUACGCCCGGAGCAACAACCCUCUCUCCGAACACUCCUGAAGCAACAACCCUUUCAACGAACACGCCUGAAGCAACAACCCUCUCACCGAAUACGCCCGGAGCAACAACCCUCUCUCCGAACACUCCUGGAGCAACAACCCUUUCACCUAAUACGCCUGAAGCAACAACUCUUUCACCGAACACGCCUGAAGCAACAACCCUUUCACCGAACACGCCCGGAGCAACAACCCUCUCUCCGAACACUCCUGAAGCAACAACCCUUUCAACGAAUACGCCUGAAGCAACAACCCUUUCACCGAAUACGCCCGGAGCAACAACCCUCUCUCCGAACACUCCUGGAGCAACAACCCUUUCACCUAAUACGCCUGAAGCAACAACUCUUUCACCGAACACGCCUGAAGCAACAACCCUUUCACCGAACACGCCCGGAGCAACAACCCUCUCUCCGAACACUCCUGAAGCAACAACCCUUUCAACGAAUACGCCUGAAGCAACAACCCUCUCACCGAACACGCCCGGAGCAACAACCCUCUCUCCGAACACUCCUGAAGCAACAACCCUUUCAACGAACACGCCUGAAGCAACAACCCUCUCACCGAACACGCCCGGAGCAACAACCCUCUCUCCGAACACUCCUGAAGCAACAACCCUUUCAACGAACACGCCUGAAGCAACAACCCUCUCACCGAAUACGCCCGGAGCAACAACCCUCUCUCCGAACACUCCUGGAGCAACAACCCUUUCACCGAACACGCCCGAAGCAACAACCCUUUCACCGAAUACGCCUGAAGCAACAACCCUUUCACCGAACACUCCCGGAGCAACAACCCUUUCACCUAAUACGCCUGAAGCAACAACUCUUUCACCGAACACGCCUGAAGCAACAACCCUUUCACCGAACACGCCUGAAGCAACAACCCUCUCUCCGAACACUCCUGAAGCAACAACCCUCUCACCGAAUACGCCCGGAGCAACAACUCUUUCACAGAAUACGCCCGAAGCAACAACCGAUCUACCAAAUUCCCCCUAA